CCAAAACUGGCGCGAGAUGGAUUAUGUUGGAUGACGACGUCCGCGAGAAUGUAGAACACACCCUUCGACGGAUUGAGCGGCAGCACGCGCGGGCGGAAAAGAAGGAGCAGGAUGCACGCAAGGCAUAUCUUCUGCGAGAAGCAGCCCGGCGUUCCCUUGAACUGCGCCGAUGUUCGGAAAUGGCGGUGGAGGACAAAUGGUCGCAGCUCGCGGCCGUACAGCGUCAGAUCGAGGAGAAGCGCGAGAUGGAGUUGCGACGGAAAGCAGAAGGCGACAAGCUGCUCGUGCUUCUCGCCACAGCGCGCAAAACCGCCAAGUCUGCUGGGGCGGCGCUCUCGACUCCUGGCCUUCGAGGGCUCGAGCGGCUCGCCGAGUUGACAGCGCGGGUGGUGGCCGUGGAGGAGGACAAGGUCGUGAAACAAGCCGAGAUCACGGCCAAGCUGCGAUUACGAUACAACGUCAAGCGCGCUCAACGCAUGAUUGGGAAUUACGCGGAACACCACGCUGUGGACUUGAUGAACGCGGCGAUACUGGGGCGGAAAUGGGAUGCCAUGCUGCAUUUGGUGGCCGUGGGUGGGCUCUCCCCCGACUUUGAAACCGUCGAGGGGGGCUUCACGCCCGUCAUCAUGGCGCUGAGUUGGCGCAAACCGUCUGUGGCGCGGCGUCUGUUGGACGCGGGCGCUUCCAUUGACGUGGAAUCGGCGCACGGGAAGACGGGUCUUCUCGCGGCCAUCCUCGCAGACGACGUCGACGGCGUCCGGCUGUGCAUUGCCCGGGGAGCCGACCUGGCUCGAGAGUCCCCCAAGACGGGGGUCACCCCGCUGCUGUUGGCAGUAGACAAAGGCCGCACCAAGCUCGUUCGCGUGUUGCUGGAAGCCCACGUCGAUCCCAACGCUUUCAACUCGCACGGGAUUUCCCCCCUUAUCCAAGCCACGUUAUCGCAGCAGACGGACGUGACCAAGCUGCUCUUCCACCACGGAGCGACUCUAUCGGCGAGGGGAAAGGACGACCGCACGUGCGUCGAGUGGGCGCGACGGUGCAUAUUCCACGGGUUCGCCGACGCGCUGGAAACUCUGAAUUUUGAAGUGGGGGGAGCACGCGACGAAGAAGACGACCACCGGGAUGUCCUCGAGUCGUCGGUCGAAGACAUUGGGUUGGUCAUUCGACAAGUGGAGCGCGGGGAAAUAAGUCCAAACGCCGAAACCGCCGCGGGAUGGACGCCGUUGCUCGUCGCGUGCGCCCGGGGCGCGCUCAGUCAUGUGCAGACGCUCCUGGCUCUAGGGAGCAUCGCAUGGCACCAGAAUCGGCGCGGACGGACGCCGCUCAUGGCGGCAUGCGAGCGCGGCGCGGCAGACAUGAUGACAUGCCUCGUGAACGCCGGCGCGAGCUUUGCAGUCGUCGACGACAGCGGCGCCGAUGCCUUUCACGCACUCGUCGAGUUUCCAGAGCUCGUCCAGCAGUGGACAGCAGUGCGCAGCCAGUUUCGACCCACGGUUCCGCUGGGGGUACCCACGCGCGCGUCGGGGAUCGGCCGGCCCGCCGUCGCACACGCCGUGCCCAUGCUGCAGACGACAAUACCAGACACCUCGGGCAUCGCGGAAUGGCCCCCCCGUCCUUCCCCCCCUCCAUCCUCCCCGUCAUCGUGCCUCGAGAACCACGACGACAGCCUAAAUGACAUCAUGGAAGACGACACCAACAGACGUACCAAGUGGCAAUUGCAGCGGACCCACUUGCGUCACGAUCGAAUAGCCAAACUCGUGCCGUUCUACGAAGAGCGUGAGAAAAUCUGCCAAGCGCAGCAGAAAGGAAGGAGAUCAGCAGUCAGCGUGCCGCUGCGAGACGCGAACGCUGCCCCCCCGCCUCCAGCGCAACUCUGCGACAACUGUCUGCACGUUCGGGCGACGGCCGUGUGCGUGGAGUGCAUCAUGGCGUUCUGCGACCGGUGUCUCAUGGAAAGACAUUAUGGGCCAACGUACCAUCACCACGUCACAGCGCCGCUGGACAAGGCGGCCGCCGUGGGUGUGCACCUCCGACGACCCGACGGCCCCGAGAUGCACCUACGUGCAAACGUCCAACGCUGUAAAGUCGCCUUGCGGGGGAUUGCCCACACGAUGAAACCAACAAACACCCACCAGUCCAACCAAAAUCCCACGUCGGAUGGAGAAGAAGAAGAUGGCGAUAUUCGAGCAAGGAAGCAGGCCGAGAAACGCCAAGUUGAUGCGAAACGACGUGAUAACAUUAUGGACGUGGACGUCCCGCGGCUAGCGGCUUCAAGAUGCGAGGAACGAGGCGACCGGCUGUUUGCGACACCGUCCGAGCUCUUUCUCGCCCGCAACAUGAUGCAGCGUGAGAAAUACGAUAAGGCGCUGGCGCUGUAUGCCGCCGCCCAUGCUGUCCAAGUGAAUGCGUUCGGGGCGUUGCAUCCCCGCGUGGGACAUACCCUUGUGGAAAUGGCGGCGGCGGCCCAGGCCAACGGAGACAAGGAAGCGUGGACCGAUGGGUUGUUGGGCGCGCUCGAGUGCUUUGAGGUGAAUUAUGCCUGCGACAACGUUGACGUCGUUGCUACCGUUCGGAAAGUUUGCGACAGCUGGGACGCCCGCAAGAAGUAUCGGGAGGCGAUGGCGUUCUGUCGGGUGACGGAGCUGGUGAGGCGCAAAGCGCUAGGGGGGGAUCACCCCUUGACGACGGACGCGCAGGACGCCGCCGCGCGGUUCGCGUGCAAGUGGGAGACGCUGCAAAUGUUCCUCGAGGACCCCGUGGGGCAGCAGCUGGAGGAUCGACACACAAACGCCGCCUACUACGCCGACGCCGCGCUCGGCCGGUUGCCAAGCCAGUUUCACGCCCUGCUGCUGUCUGAUCCAGGCGGGUUGGCGUUGUUCACACCGUUUUGCAACCAACGCAUGCACGGGGCCAACCUGGCGUUCUGGCUCGCUGUGAACGCGUUCAAAGCGAAAUGUCUACAGAAGCACCCGACAUUCCAUCCCCGCGUCGCCGCCAAGGCCAUUUUCAAAGACUUUCUCAAGUCCCAGCAGGUUAAAUGCACAACCGUGGCCAUGCGCAACCGCAUCCGCGCGUCGUUGCGGUCCGACGCAAGCGACCCCGUCGACGUGUUUGAGAGCGCCGAGACCCUCGUGUUCAACUCGCUCUACUCGAGCGUGUUCCUGGCCUUCCUCGACACUCCAGAGGGCACGAGGUGGCAUGCCGACGCACAUGGAAAUAUGCACCGAUAAUAAUGCCAUCAUAACGUAUCAAUUCACACAGG